CUGAUGAGUUGUUUUUCCCAAUUUGCGUAGAGAAAACACGCAAAAGCCAGAAUUUACUGGGAGAUCUCAUAAUCUCUGGCCACAGUCACCUUCUCUGUCGCUUCUGGAGUCUCUCUCCUGUGGCUCUGACCACGUGUGUCCAUGUAGUGAGUGCAAUCGAGCAGUAAUCAUCGGAGUCUUUGUCUCGCGGGGAAACACCAGGAAGCAAUGCCGAUUCUGUACAGCGUCGUGGCGCGCGGGAGCACCGUCCUGGCCAAGUACGCGGAGUGCGUGGGCAACUUCGCUGAGGUCACGGAGCAGAUCUUCACGAAGAUUCCGCCCGAGAACAACAAGCUCACGUAUUCUCAUGGAGCCUACCUGAUCCACUAUAUCUGCGAGGACAGAAUCACGUACAUGUGCAUCACGGACGGUGACUUUGAGCGCUCACGGGCGUUUCUCUUCCUGGCCGAGAUCAAGAAGCGCUUCAUCUCCACUUACGGCCUCACUGCGGCCACAGCGAUCGCCUAUGCCAUGAACACUGAGUUCUCGCGCGUCCUGUCCACGGAGAUGCGCAAGUUCAGCGACGCCGUGGAGUACGACGCGCUGUCACGCGUCCACGGACAGAUCGACGAGCUGAAGGACAUCAUGGUGAAGAACAUCGAGAACGUGACGGCGCGCGGCGAGCGCCUGGAGUUGCUGGUGAACAAGACGGAGAACCUGAGGAAUACGUCGGUGUCCUUCCGUCACACGUCCCGCAAUCUGGCGCGGGAGAUGUUUUGGAAGAACAUCCGCAUGUACGUGAUCCUGGGCGCCAUUGUCGUCUUCAUCAUUUAUGUGAUCGUGAGCAUGGCGUGCGGGGGCCUCGCCUGGCAGUCUUGCAUCCGAAAGCAGUGAAUCCCUGAGUAUUAUCAAAUACCCCGCUCACUAUCUCUUAUUUUACCACGAAAUAUUGUGUUUUAUCGCGAAAAUGUGUGUCCUCGUCUCGGGAACGCCCCCCUCUCCGGGCACGUUUCGGCUCUUGACUGUCCGGGAAUAAAAGAAAUUAAGCUAUUAUGUUGAUAG